UCCUUUCCCUCCCUCAGCCCGCGCCUGUGCCCAUAUCUCUCUGACUGUCAUGGCGACGCGGCGGCGCCUCUCUCCGACUUUCUUCGGCGGGCUCCGGGCCCGUGAGCUCGGCGGCGCCAGUGUCUCCUCCCGCGCCACGGCGGGGCUCCCGUAUCUCGCUGACCUCUCCUCCGACCCCGGCGGCCGCGGCGGCGGGGUCAUAGCCGUCGAGCACUCCGGCGAUCCCGCCAUCCCCUUCGCCAUCUCCUUCGGCAAGACUGCACAGACCUGUAACCUCUUGGCGGUCGCCGACGAAGACGGGUACGUUGGCCUCUACGACACCCGCCGGCGCCUCCCUUCCGCCUCCUCGUCACUAGAGAAGUCAGCUGAAACGAGGGUGUGCGACUGGGUUGCUCACAACAAUGCAGUCUUUGACGUGUGCUGGAUCAAGGAGGGAUCCCAAAUACUGACUGCAUCCGGCGAUCAAACUGUCAAAAUAUGGAGUGUAGGAAACAGGAAAUGCAUUGGUGUCUUGUCAGGGCAUACUGGGAGCGUGAAGUCGCUGUCUUGUCAUUCUUCCAAUCCUGAGCUCAUUGUUUCCGGUUCAAGGGAUGGUUCAUUUGCUCUUUGGGAUUUAAGAUGUGACCCUAAAUCUCCAAACAGCCAUGGUGAAACGUGUCUCACGUCUUCUGCUGUUGUCAGAGAAGCCCACAGUCCCAUACUAAGGAGCCGAACACGGUCUCGAGCAAAGGCGGCUUCAACAAGUAUCACAUCAGUUCUUUAUCUGAAAGAUGGUGUCUCCAUUGCUACUUCUGGAGCUGCAGACAAUGUUGUGAAAAUAUGGGAUACACGAAACCUGAAAGUGCCGUUCUCCAACAAAAACUCUCAAGCAGGGGCCCAACCUUUGCUCAAAUCUGGACAAUCUCUGAACAAACAUACUGGUCUUUUGUCUCUGAAGGAGGGGGUGAAACAUGGCAUCUCUUGCCUGUCUCAAGAUUCGUAUGGUGCAUACAUUGCUGCGUCAUGUAUGGAUAACAGAAUCUACUUGUACAGUGUGCUUCAUGUGAACAAAGGUCCCAUAAAGGUUUACACUGGCAGUAAAAUAGAGUCUUUCUUUGUUAAGUCUGCUAUCAGUCCUGAUGGAACUCACAUCCUUGGUGGAUCAAGUGAUGGAAGUGUAUACUUGUGGCAGGUGGAUCAACCUGAAAGUGCUCCUAUAGUUCUGAAAGGCCAUGAAGGCGAAGCAACUUCGGUUGACUGGUGUGCAUCAGAGGUUGGAAAGAUAGCAACAUCUUCUGAUGAUUCCACGGUACGUGUGUGGAGUACCAUGAAAAUGGACUGUACAAAUGUAAGCUCGCCAACAGUGAUCCGUAAGCGGAUAACAGCACCAAGCACCGAGUACCGAAGGUCCAUUACCCAUGAGCCUGCUACUACAUCAAGAGACGGAGUUGUCUGCACUAGCGGUGAUGGCGAAUUGCAAAGCGGUUGCCACUCUCCCCUUCAACCUAGAGCACUGCACUUCGGCACUCCUGAAUCUUCAAAGAAGAGGGCCUUGGCAUUGUUUGAGGAGGAGGCACUUGAUUCAAGGAAGAGCCCGGAAGCACAGACGAACAGCCCCUCUUCUGUUCUGAGCCCGCCGCCGUCGUUGAAACGGAGAACGAUUCGAGACUAUUUUGCCAGUGCCGCAUCUUGAAUCCUGACUGACAAAUAGCUGGUCCCCAUAAUUUUUAGUGGUCCUGACCCAUGAGUACUACGGCUCUCCUUAACUAAUGGUGAAACAGCUGCAAUUUUUGGGAAAUCCUUCUAGCUCUAGUUCAAGGUCAUCGAUCUUUUGGAAAUGCGGCUGUACAUAAUUUAUCAUUACAGAAUUGGGAGAAACUAUUAUGUAAUUAAAUUUCUCCUAUAAUUGCCGCAUAAUUAAGUUAUCAAAAGUCAUUUUAA